AUGAUGACACCCCUAGAGGUGCUGGGUGUGCAGGAGGCCGUGGAGGCACUGCCAGCAGGGGCAGUUGGAUACCAGGAGCUUCGGGAAGUGGCCUCUCUCCAGCUGCUGGGAUUUGGCAGGCCAAGGAAAGAUGAGGAGCGAAGGUCGCCCAGGCAGAGACUGCGCCAGCGGCGGCCGGCUGCCCAGAGGGUCCUGGACACCGAACCAGCACAGACCCUCCUGCGGCUGUCGGCCGCCGAGAUGGGGGCUUGGGCCCUGCUGCUGCCACUGCUGCUCGUGGGCGCGGCCCAGGCCCAGGUCUGCUCUGUGGGCCAGAACUUCUUUGAAGUCAAGGAGAACACGAAUGUCACCGAGCCCCUGGUGGAUAUCUACGUCCCCGACGACCAGCAGGUGACCCUUGGAUCCUCGUCCACCCUCUUCGCAUUUCGGAUCCAAGGGACCCAGCUGUUUCUCAACAUGACUCCUGAUUAUGAGGAGAACUCACUGCUGCAGGCACUCCUGGAGUGCAAAAGGGGUGACACCGUGGUGACCCAGCUGAGGGUGUUCGUGUCUGUGCUGGAUGUCAAUGACAAUGCACCCACGUUCCCCUUUGUGGUCAGGGUGGAGAGGGUACCCGAGAACGCUAAAGUGAACACUACCGUCAUCCCAGAGACGGAACUGCAGGCCGAGGACCUGGACAAAAACGACAUCUUGUUUUACACCCUCGAGGAAGUGACCCCGGGUGCCAGUGUCUUCUUCUCCUUGGUGGGAGUGAACCUCCCUGCCCUGCAGCUGGACCGGACACUGGACCUUGACAGGUGGCCGAACAUGACCUUCCGGCUGCUGGUGCGGGACACACGGGAAGAGAACGUGACACCCAGCCACACGGCCACGGCCACCCUGGUCCUGGAGGUGGAGCCCGUCGAUCUGCGGCCCCCCUGGUUCCUGCCCUGCUCCUACACAGACUCUUACGUCUGCAUCGAAGCCCAGUACCAGGGGGCUGUCCCCACCAGCUACCAACUGCUGUCUCCCCUCAUCCUGCAUCCAGGGCCCAUCUACGCUGUGGACGGGGACAGGGCCAUCAACCAGCGUAUCAUCUAUAGCAUUAUAGGGGGACACGAGGACAUAUUCACCAUUGACGCUGACUCGGGCAACCUCACCAUGACCCAGAGCGUCCCCAGCCCCAAGACCUUUCUUAUGUGGGUCAAGGGGGAGCAGGCAGACCAGGCCCGCUACUCGGUGACCCAGGUCACAGUGGAGGCCCUAGACGCUGCUGGGAGCCUGCCCUACUUCCCCGAGAGCCUGUACCGCGGCACCGUGGUGCUGGGCUCAGGAGUCGGCGAGUUCGUCAAGGACGCAGCCACCCCCUCCCAGGCUCUGAGGAUCCAGGCCCAAGACCCCGAGUUCCCAGACCUCAACUCGGCCAUCACGUACCGAAUCACCAACAACUCUGACUUCCGAAUGGAAGGGGAGGCCGUGCUGGUCGCCAACCCACUGACGCAGGCGGGGGUCUUCUAUUCAGAGGUCGAGGCCACGAACACGGCGACUGGAGGCACAGCGACCACACUGGUGGAGAUACAGGUGUCAGAACAGGAGCCCACCCCCACCCCCACAGACCCCCCAGGUCCUUCCACAUCCCCAGAGGCUGGAGGAACAGCUGGGCCCUCGAGCAGCACCACUUCAGAAACCCCCAGGCCCUCCGGGCCCUCUCAGGGACCCUCCAUGACCAGCGCUGGGGGGGACACUGGCCCACACUCCCCCCCAGGCACAACUCUGAGGCCGCCUGCCUCGACCACGCCUGGGGGGCCCCCCAGUGCGGAAAUCAGCACCUCCCCUCCAUCAGCCUCACCCAGCGGGGGCUCAGCACAGACUCAGAAGCCAGGAAUCUCGCAGCCAACAGCCCCUGGGCUCAGCAGGACCUCCCAGCCCUCAGAUCCCAAGACGGGGUCUGCUCUUUCUGGGCAGAGACAGACAGGUCCUGGGGGCCCUGAGGAGGUAAACCGGGAAAGCAGUCUGGCCUCCCUGGGGGACCCUGGGAACACAGCUCCUUGGGGUGGGGGUCAGUACUGCCCACUCUCCAGAACCCUCACUCCGGGAGGCGGCCAGGCUGGCUUCUACUCGGGGAGUUCUGAGCUGGUACAGGCUGAGCUGGUGAGCACUUGUAGUGCCGACAGCAAGUGGGCAGUGGUGUCGCCAGCAGGCACGCCCGGGAUUGGAGGAGGCAGCACCUCCACAGGGGGUGUCGGGCCGGAUGGCAGCCACGCUGGGGACCGGCGCUUCUCGACAGCGGAGAUGGCAGCUGUGGGCGGUGUGCUGGGCGCGCUGCUGCUGCUAGCUCUGAUUGCCCUCACCAUCCUCGGCUACAAGCACUACGGCCACCUAUGCAAGUCCUGUGCUAGCAAAGCUCUGGAGCCCCAGCCCAGGGGCUUUGACAAGGCCUUCCUCACUCAAGACCGCGAGACCAACUGGGAGCCGGCCCCCAGCCCCACACCCGGCCCCACCCCGGACGAGGCCCCGCCCGAGCCCCCGGAGCCCGCGCCCCCCAGCCCCGUGCCCUCCGCCCGCGUCCCCGAGUCCCCCGCGGCGGCCCAGGACGGGGCCGGCCCCGCGGAGGUGAGGUCCAUUCUGACCAAGGAGCGGCGGCCCGAGGGCGGCUACAAGGCCGUGUGGUUCGGCGAAGACAUUGGCGCCGAGGCCGACGUGGUGGUCCUCAACGCGCCCACCUCGGAGGCGAACGGCGCGGGCGACUCGGACAGCGAGGGCGGCGGCGAGGACGAAGGCGCUGGCGCGGGCCCCGGCGCAGGCGCCCCCGACCAGGCGCCCGGCGACUCCACCUACGUCUAG